AUGAAGCGGAUUUUCCUGUAUUAUAAGCUUGCACAAUUUUUAUCAUUAUUAUACAUCAAACAGUCACGGAAAAAUCCAAGUCAGUACAUCUGGACGCAUUGCAGUGCUCAAGAAAUUUCCCUCAGGAAAAAACGUUGUCGUUAUGGUCAUCACAGCUCCGGAGCAGCAAUAUGGAUCGGCUGUCGAUAUGCUUUUUUUAUUACAGUUGGUAUGAAAAAUACGCAAAAAUUGAUUGUAAAAAAUCGUGACACUAAUAAUCGAAAAGUAAUCAUAUAUCCAAUCGAAGUUUAUCCAAUACUAUGCGAUAAACCUGUUGCUUUCAUCGAUGAGCUUGUUGCAUUUAAUCUUUCUAAUAGAGGACUUCGUCUUGAGGAUGCAUUAAUUAAGACUUUUUAUUCUUCGGAUAUCAUCGAUGAGGCAGAACCUUGUAUUUCAUGCGGUGUUCAUUUUGCUUUAAUUAUUACAUCUUUUUAUCAUCCACGGUCUGAUUAUUCUGACGCACUUGUGGAGUAUUUCCAAACAUCAAGACUGGUUGCAGUAGGGGAUAUCAUUGCUGUUCGCUGGCGUAGACCAUUUAGCAGAAUAGUGAAAGAGAUAUUUUUCAAGAUUCUUUAUUUUGAAGAUUCGGAGAGACUAUCAGAAGCUAUCGUUGAUUCAGAAAAUACAAAAUUAUUUCAGGAUGAAGAGAUUUACGAUAAAAUCCCAUACAGUGAUAUUACAUGUUACGUGCCGGAAAAAUUCUUAGGAAUAGCUAGACAAAUUUCUUCUCUGAUCGAAGCUAACUGUAGCUUGAAAACAUCUUCGUCAAUUCUGGUUAUACUUCUCAGUGGUUCACCAGGUUCUGGAAAGAAACUGUUCUUGAAGCAUUUAUCUUCUCUGAUACAUUUGAACGUUUACUUCUCCAAUUGCUUUGAUAUUUGGAGUGAUGCAAAUGGGACUUACGAAGCAAAUAUUCGUAACGCUUUUGAAAAAGCUUCAACAAAUAAUUUUUCAUUGUUGGCUCUUUUAAAUGCAGAUUUACUUGGCUACGACUCAGACGGCGCCAAGCAAGAUACUCGAGGAUUGAUAUGUUUAAUAAAAUUUCUUAAAACUUCCACCAUACCUGCUAUAUUUUUGGUUUGUAAUUGUGACAAAUUAUCAACCUUACCGAUAUCAUUACGUUCUCUAAUCCUUUACCAUUUCCAAAUCCCACUGCUUACCGAACAGGAUAGAAAAUCCAUAAUUAUGCAUGAAGUUGAUGAAUCAUAUUUCAUCGACAUAGCUGCAAUCAGUCAUCAAACAAGCGGAUUUACUUUAUCCGAUAUGCAUGUUCUGUUGUCGGAUGCAUCAUUUCGAAAAGACGCUGAAAAAUCAUCGAAACUAAAGACUGAACAUUUCAUAUGGGCAAUUGAUAAACAUAACAAGAUAUUGGCUGAUAAAAUUGGAGCACCCAUUAUACCAAAAGUGACGUGGGACGAUGUUGGUGGUUUAGACGAGGUUAAGCAAGUUGUCAUUGAAAGUUUAAUUCUGAAUUUGCGAGGGAAGAAGAAUAUGAAACGUAGUGGUGCUUUGUUGUAUGGUCCUCCUGGUUGUGGCAAAACACUCAUUGCUAAAGGUUUGAAUUUGAUUAAUAAAGCCACAGCUAUUGCAAAUCAAUUUAAAAUAACUUUUCUGAGCGUGAAGGGACCUGAACUUCUUAACAAAUAUGUUGGCCAGAGCGAAGCGAACGUCCGUAAAGUUUUUGAGAAAGCUCGAAUGGCCGAACCUUGCGUGUUAUUCUUUGAUGAACUCGAUUCUCUUGCUUCCAAACGAGGUCGCUGCGGUGAUUCUAGUCGUGUGGUUGAUAACAUUGUAUCGCAAUUGACUGCAGAGUUAGAUUGUUUGGAAGAUUUAAAAAUCUUUGUUUUGGGUGCCACAAAUCGACUUGAUUUGUUAGACUCAUCGCUGCUAAGACCAGGAAGGUUUGAUAAAAUUAUUGAAGUAAGUGGAACAAGGGAUGUUGUAACGCAUGAACGUAUACUCCGUGCAGCUAGCCGAAAUAUAACAUUUGCCGAUGAUGUCGAUUUGAGAGAAAUUGCAGAGUGCUGUGAUCAUCUGUCAUCAGGAGCAGAUUUACAUGCUGUAGUUUCGCGUGCACAAAUGGAUGCAAUACGGAAGCGGGUCGAAGCUAUAAAAGCCGGAGUGGUAUUACCUGAGGAACAAUUGUUAGUCACACAAGAUAAUCUAAAAAAAGCAGUGAGAGAGGUAAUUCCAUCAUCUGGCACUAAUUGCAAACAGCUGCGUAAAUUCUAA